UGUUGUUGACACUUUACAACUUUUAACGUUUCGUAAAUUUGCAACGGUUUCUAACUUUUCAUUUUAAAUAAAGGCGAGUAUGAUAUAUUGACAUUAAAUCCAUAUGAUUUAACAAGUUCGUAAGGAAAUAAAAAUUAUGUCUGAAAUAAAUGACGAUCCGAAAGAGGUUCUUUCCAUUUUAAAUUCCCUCGGAUUUGUCGGCAUCACUGCAUCUCAAUUGAAGUCCUUUAUGAAAGAUCUGAAACUAUAUAGAAAGAUAAAAGAGCGAGACCGCGAGGCAUGGAAAGAAGAAAUAAAAGGGAAAAUCCUGGCAAAACAACGACGAGCUCUCUCCGAAUUUAUCCAGGAACAAGAAGCAAAAUGCACAAGGCACACUGAACCAGGGAAAAUAAUUCCUCCAGAAUCUCCACGAAAGGGUGAAGCAGUGGUGAAAAUAAAAAUAAAAUAUUCGCCAAAAGGCAAGGAAAACGACGAAAGAGAAGCUUCCAGACAAUGUCGCUUGAAAACUCGAAAAUCCGCGUCUGCUCGAGGAAAGUGUGAUUUUUGGAUGAAAGAUUUGAUCCCAGGUGAUUCUAAAUAUCCAACAACAUCUACCAGAACAUCUAGUAGAGAAUGCACACAUCCUCCGAAGUCUGUUUCGAGAGAGAAAUCGGUGGAUGAACCGAGAAACAUCCACAUCGAGUGUGCCAAGGAAAAUAUUGAAAGUGCUUCCCGUGAAAAAUCUAGAGAUAAAACCGAAAAUACUGAGCGAAGGACACCGCGUCUUUGUCAUAAAUUUCAGGGACAAAAAAGACCAGCAAGUGCUCCUGAAGUGGCUUCAAAUAUGUUGAACACGAGGACAAAAAGCAUGAUUUCAGAUCCGGGAGAAACGGCUAGUUCUUGCGUCACAAAAACUUCAGGGCAGCUUUCGCAACGUAAAUCAUUUAUAAGGCCUUGGCGGUUAAAUCCGGAAACACACAGAAAAUGGAAAAAAUCGGAUCCUGUAGCUCUUUAUCAGAAAUACCAAGAGGAAUGGAAACACUGCCCUCUUCCAGGAGAAAACAGACACAAGGCUAUCCGAUGGGCGAUUAGGGAAAAAAUGAUGGGCAGCGAUCCACAUCCUAGGCCUGCUGUCUAUCAACCUUCCAGCACUUCGGCGCUCAAAAGAUGACAAAAAAAA